AUGUUCUUAUCAUCAUCUAAUAAUAUUCAAUAAUUUAAUUAUGCUUAAUUUGAAUCUUAUUUGGAAAGUCUCUUAAAAUUUGAUUAGAAUAACACUUUAGUCAAUAAAAAAGUAUUGGACAAACCAAAACUUUUAAACAAUAAGAUAAAGGAUACUAUUCAAAAAUUUCAAUUUUCUUUAAGCCUAGGAUGUCCUAAAUUAAACCUUAAAAUUAGAUCCUAAAGAUUAAUGAAUUAAUUAGAUAUAGCAAUGGAUUGGCUGAAAAAAGGAUACUUAAUAAAUCCAAAACAUGUGUUAACUUUAAUUAGAGUAGGUAAAAAUAAGAUGAAAUAAAUAAUUAGGGGAUUGUUUAAGAAAAUAACGUAAAUUUUAAGUAGCAAUAAAAUAUUACAGUGAAGCUUUAAGUAUUGAUCCAACAGAUUGAUGGGCAUCAGAAAAAUUGG